GUCAUAUUUAACGAAAAUGACACUGACAAGAUUUAUCAUGAAGACAUUUUCAUGGUAUUUUAAAGAAGAAAAAAUCCCCGAUUGAAGAAUUUCAAUUGAUCUUCCUGACCGAUGAGAGAGUAUACAUUUGAGGCCGCCUCUGAUAUUGAUGCCUUCAGUGUUCCAGCAACAUCGGCACUUGCGCAAUCGUCUGUACGGUAUAAAGAUGGAUCACAUUCAAUGAAGUGGACUUGGGCCAGUGGAGAUACAAUGACACAUACCUUCUCCCCAGCAAUUUCAGGAAGAGAGCUUCGAAGGGGAGGGAUUCAGCUGUGGCUUUACAACAAUAAUCCACGUGCAGGAGAGAGCUUGGCUGUCUCUUUCCAAAAUACUGCAUCCACCACUGUUACUGUAUCACAGUUCAAUAUUAAGCUGAAUUUUAAGGGGUGGCGUGCUGUGUGGGUAUCCUAUCAAGAAGCUAUUGUGACUAAAAACAAAGAUAUUAAUGUUAUGAAAAUAACUGCUCCUACAACUCAAGCUACCAUACAUCCAUUGUAUUUUGAUCUCUUGCGUUUUGCAAGUGAAGUCAGGAGGCAAAGCCGUGACAAAGUGGUACCACCAAUAGAUCCAAACCUUUACUCCAACAACAACUUCUGGCAGCAAACCUAUCGCUGGAGUCAGGUAUCACCACCAACCAUUUCUGUUACCACACCCAGUCAAGAAAAACUGGACAAUAUGACCCUGAUUGAAAAGCGACUAGAGAAUUGGUUUGUUAAUCAGUCUCAGAGCUCACUCCAGUUUCCAACAAAUGCUCAGAGGAGAUGGAUGUCUUUACAGAUGCAAGUGGAUAGUGCUUACACUCAGUAUGAACAACUAAAUAUUGUGAAAAGCUCAGAAGGUGUUAUUACAGGUGUGCCUCUUUAUGCUGACAAGUCUACAGUUACUGGUGGUAAAAAAUUUGGGGAGGUGGUGGAGAAAGUGCUUCUUCCAUUGGCACUGGAUUAUCAUGUGAGAUCACGUGAUGUUGACGUCAAUGCAUUGGCGGCCGAUCAACUGUCCAACUUGAAUGGAACCAUGGACCAGAAAAAUGAUGCCAUAAAGAAAAUAGCAGGAGGUAAUCAGAACAUUCAAGCCAUAUUCACCACCGCCCUGGGUACCACUCAAACAUCUUACACGUUGGAGGAAGUGAAGGUGGCCAUAGGCACUCUGAAUACGAAGCGAAAGGAACGAUUACUUCUCCUUUUGGAAUAUAUUGAGGAUCAAGGUUGGAACGAUGGUAGUGGUAUUGGUACUUUGGAUCAUGAGAUGAACAAUUCCGGUGCAGGUUUUAUGAAUGCAGUCUUCCUCCUGAGGAAGGAAAUCACCGCCGCUGGUAAAAUCGAUGAUUAUGUGGCUACUAUGAAGUGGUACAACGAGUUUGGAGAAGUUUAUCAAGACCCGUUUGAAUAUGCUGGUACAACUGCUGAUCGUAUGAGAACCAUUGCAGUAUUCAGAUUGUUUACUGUUCUAAUGAUGCCAACUACAACAGAUGCCAAAAAGCUUGAUAAAAUUCGUGACAUGGAAGAACUUGUCUUAUGGUACGCCAACGCACUGUCUCCUAAUGAAGGUUUCGCGGGAGUUUUAAAACCUGAUUACCUUGGAUUCCAUCACAACAGCUAUUAUGCCUCUGCUUACACUCCGCAUGCUAUCCAUUGUGGCGCACUCAUCGAGUUUCUACUCAGUGGAACACCAUUUAAAUUGAGUGAGGACACAAGCAAGCAUAUUAAGAAAGGUCUAGAGACAAUGAGGAUUGUUGCCGUUAAAUACUCAACUCCAAACAGUGUAUGUGGUCGAUUUCCAGGAUUUUACCGUGCAAUUUUGGCCAAGAAUUUUCCUGCCUAUGCUUACGCCGGUGCAACUGCUCCCAGUUUGAACGCUGAUGGAAGUCUGGGUGAAAUUGCUGCUCUCGACAGUGAUAAGAUCAAAAUGUUUUUACGACUUAAUGAUGCAGGCAAUGAGGAUGUUAGCGAUUACUUGGAAGAUGGAACGAUAUUCACAAGUAUCUAUUACCUAAACACUAUUGGUUCGAUCAACAUCAUGGAGGAAAUAAGCUCUAAAGCUGCCUCGAUGAGUGUAGCGGCCGAAAAUUCGCCCCAGGGAUUCUGGACGAAAAAUUAUGCUUCGCUAGUGAUUGCACGAAGAGAAAAUUGGGCGGUAACAAUGAAAGGCUUUAACAAGUAUGUCUGGGACUUCGAGGCCUCAAGCAAUCAAAAUGUUUAUGGUCUUUAUCAGAGUCAUGGAGCACUUCUCGUUGCAAACAGCGAGGCGUCACUUAAAACUCUAGAUAUCGAUAAUGGUUGGGACUGGACACGACAUCCGGGCACAACAACAAUAAAAAUGGAUCUUGAACAGAUUGUUAGCCAGCAGCGUAGAUAUUUUCAACCCAGGGAACUUGCGGGCGGAUUGACUUUGAUUGGUGGCGGUGAUUAUGCUACAGGGGGCUUUGGAAUGGAUUUCUCACAGCCAAGCUAUAAGUUUCCAGCUGGUUCCUUUCAACUUGACAUCACAUUUGGAUUUAAGAAGAGCGUGUUUUUCGCAGAUUUUGCCGUGAUUUGUCUUGGAUCUGGAAUCACAACAACCAUGAGCUCGCCCAAUAUAACUCAGACCACGUUGUUCCAGACGAAGCUUCUCAACGCAAGCAACCCAUCAUCAAUUCUGAUAAACGAAACAAGUCACUCACUCAACACCGACUUGACAAAGGCGCCGUCCUUCUUUGGCACAGGAAACCAUGCAGCUACACUUAUGGAUGUCAAUGGAAACACUUACUACAUUCCCGACGCGCAUAACCAGGGACUUAAUGUGAAAAUUGGCCUGCAAAAUUCCAGAAACCAAAGAGGUUCAAAGGCUACAUCGGCUCGGUACGCGACCGCAUGGCUCAACCAUGGAGUGAACCCAACGGACAAGGGUUAUGAAUACACCAUAUUGGUUAACAGACCCUCAGAAGACGUCCGGACUUUGGCCGAAAAUCAAGCUAGUGGCAGUUACUGGUAUCAAGUACUUCAGAGAGACAAUAGGGCUCACGUGGUGAAGAUCAAUAAUUGCCCGAGGCAGGGUGAGACACAGUAUGGAUACGUUUUUUUUGACAAAUCUGUCCGUACCUCGGGUCCAGUAAGGCGCGUCACAAAGGAUCCUUGCAUUGUGAUGGUGGAAGAAGUGGAUACCCAAAACUUGUACAUUGCAGUCUCUUAUCCAAAUCUAAAUUUCAACAUCUCCAGGACUUUGGAUUGGGGCAGUCAGGUCAAUGGGCAAGAAAGGUUUUAUUCUGUUAGCACACCAGUUGAAAUAGAGGUGAGAGUGAUCAAUGCGGUGAAUAUAGCAACUGGAGAUGUGAGAGUAAACGGAGAGGUUGUCCCAGACACCGAUAAAACAAAUCACGUGAUGGUCAGACCAAAAUCAAGCGGUGCAACUACAGGGCGUGCCAUCGUGUUUAAACAGCUGUCCAAGGGGUUCACUACAGAAGUCAAACUUACUCGAUAGUUGCCUUGACGGCAUAUGCAUUUUUUUCUCUUUAGAUUGAUAAUAAGACUCUUUGAAUGAAUUAAACGAUGUUAAGCGAAGUUAAAUUUGCUAAAGCGUUAUAGAGUGCUUGUCACGUAAAUGUAAAGCUGAAUAGUAGAAUGGAAAUCAAAAA